GGAAACUGCCGCGGCCCAGUGCCGGAGCCGGAGCGGCGGCGUCUGGGGCGGAGGCGACGGCCGCGGCCUGGGCCUGGGCCUGUCAGCGUCCCGGGGUCCCAGAGCGGAACGGGGAGUGACAGCCAGGAGCGGGCCGGGAGAGAAUGGUGCAGAGCGGCCCGGAGCCCGCGCCCGCCCCGCUGCCGCCGCCGCUGCUGCUGCUGCGUGUGAGCGCGGCCCGUUAGCGGCGCCUCCCUCCCCCCCUCCCGCCCGGCCCAGCGCGGCCGGGCCAGCCCGCGGAGGACAUCUUCAGCGGGAAGAUCUUACGCCCCUCUGAAGAGACUUGACCCUCUGGACCUGGUCCCUGUUUCCUUUCAGAGUCAAAAAGAGUCCUCCUUGCUGAAGAAAACCGGAGCCACAGCAAGCGUGGAGUGGAACUAAUGAGAAUAAUGUUUAACAUCAAUCCCUUGGAGAACCUGAAGGCUCAUAUUAGCAGCCGGCCUCCACUGGUUGUCUUUAUGGUCAGUGUGAGUGCCAUGGCCAUCGCUUUCUUGACCCUAGGAUAUUUCUUUAAAAUAAAGGAGAUCAAGUCACCUGAAAUGGCAGAGGAUUGGAACACUUUUCUUCUGAGGUUCAAUGACUUGGACUUGUGUGUCUCGGAGAACGAAACCUUAAAGCAUCUUCUGAACGACACUGCCACCUCGGAGACCGCAGUGACCAGCGGGCAGGCCCGGUCAGCCACCCAGGCACCUCAGGCCCUCGAUGACUCCGGCCCCACAAACAUUUCUGUCGCCAUCACCCUGACCCUGGACCCACUGAAGCCCUUUGGAGGGUAUUCCCGCAAUGUCACUCACCUGUAUUCCACCAUUUUGGGCCACCAGAUUGGCCUUUCAGGGAGAGAGGCCCACGAGGAGAUCAACAUCACCUUCACCCUGCCCGCGGCCUGGAAUUCCGAGGACUGUGUUCUCCACGGCCACUGUGAGCAGGUGGUCUUCACCUCCUGCAUGACGGUCACGGCUGCCACCAGCGUGUUUCCUGUUACCGUACAACCGCCGCAUUGCAUCCCUGAGACCUACAGCAACGCCACGCUCUGGUACAAAGUCUUCACCACCGCCAGGGAUGCAAAUACGAAAUACGCGCAAGACUAUAAUCCUUUCUGGUGUUACAAAGGGGCCAUCGGCAAGGUCUACCAUACUUUGAACCCCAAGCUCACCGUCAUCGUGCCAGAUGAUGAUCGGUCCUUGAUCAACCUCCACCUCAUGCACACCAGCUAUUUCCUCUUUGUGAUGGUGAUCACAAUGUUCUGCUACGCCGUCAUCAAGGGCAGACCGAGCAAACUGCGACAGAACAAUUCGGAAUUCUGCCCAGAAAAGGUGGCUUUGGCUGAAGCCUAGUCCCACGAGGGACCGAAAGAACCGCAAUCGUUGCCUGCUGAGCCCGGCCUGGAUCUGGACACUCUGUGAAUAUAUUAUCUGGCAAUGUUGGGUUAUUCCAACCAAAGACAUUUCAAGUGCCUGUUCAUUGAUUUGUGAUUUGUACAUAUUUAUAAAAGAAAAAAAUAUAUUCAGAAACUGGUCGGAUGAUGCACUCGCUCCGCACUGGGGUGUGACCAGAACCUUUCAAUCUUUCACCUGUGGACUUCGCCCAUGUUUGUGUAAAUAUGUUAACAGCGUGGCUCCAUCAGUCAGAGUGCAACGCCACAGCCCGGCGGCAUUGGAGCCCGCCCGAUGCCUUUGCGAACGUCUCAAAGCAAACAGAUUCAUCCGAGCUUGGGUUUGGUUUUUGUUUUAGCCCCAAAGUAGCCUGUGUGUACCCUGGAUAUGGGACAUCACCUUUCCAAAACCGCUGAUCCAGGCCUGGCCUCAGUCGGUUCUUUGUGGCUUAAUAAGGGUAGGAACAACAAUAAUGAUACCUGUUCUCCACUUUGCUCUUUGCUUGCAAGAAAAGCUAUCCAACUUUUUAGGAUUCUUUCUUUUUUUGGAAGAAGAAAAAUUAAAAUCCAUAUUCACAUUUUAAUACUGCAGUAGUUAGGACAAACUUACGCUUUUAUCCUGAGCAAAACCGAUAUUUAAAAGAUGAACCAUUUCAAAAUCAUCCCCACUUUAAGUGCUAAGUUUCAUUUUGUGUGGACUGUGGAAAACCACGGGCUUGGUGGCGGGAUGCUUCCCAGUCGCUCUCCCUUCCUCCCUUGGCUUUUUUCUUCUUUAAAAUGGAAAAAGCAGCUUGCUUGCGCCAAGGGGCUGAGCCAUGUCUCCCUCUGGUCUGAAGGGCGGAGGGGACUUCCAGGAGCCUGCACAGCCCUGAAGAUAGCGAGCUCCAGGAGCGGCUAGUGACACCGACAGCCGUGUUUGUGGAAUCUGGAGGGGAGGCCCCGCUAAAGCCAGACGCGUCUUGGUUCUCCUGUGACUCCACUCGGCUCAUUGCUUCCCUUGAUUUUCCUUCUUUUUUAAGAAUUUGUAUUUUCUAAUCCCCUCCUCUUAAGUUUCCUCCUCAGUCUGCGAGAAGAGAAAGCAUUUUGUAACUUCCCCACACAUCGGAAAUGGGGUGCCUUGAUGACCCUUCACCAUUAAGGACCUUUUACGUCAGUCUUUUGGUUUAUGUUGCAGAGUUCAUCGAGUUAAAGCCUUCAGAAUAGCACCCCACGUUCUUUCCUUUCACUGGGGGCCCUCAGGCAUCGCUCCUCUGUCCCGGAGACCUGGGACCCCAGAAUCCCCCAGAUGGACAGCUGCUCUGGGCCUUUUCCCAGAAGACUGUGAGAUAGGCCAUUGCAGGGACCUGGCGUUUCAGUGUUUCUCUUGGAUACAUUUCAAGCACAAUAAUCAUAUUUUUCUGAUAGACAAUGUUUUUUCUGUAUGGUCUUUGUUGCUGACAUGAUGCAUGGGUAACUUGUUGAAUGUAGUUUUCUUUCUGGAGCCCUGGAGCUCCAGACGGGAGCAGAUUUGGAAAUCAUUCAGGCUUGGUUUCCAGAAAAGUCUUACAUUAAAAGGCUUCCAGAUUGUAGUUGAAGCUGCUACUGACUUAGAAUCCUGAUGAAGUGAAGCUAUAGGAAUAGAUUUAUAGCUGGUGUGUGUGUCUGUCUGUGUGUGCGUGUGUGUGUGUGUGUGUGUGUGUGUGUGUGUGUGUAGGGGUGGGGGAUGCAGCUAAAAAAACUUAUUUUUCCCGAUUUGUUCUCAGCUCGUCACAUAUACACGUGUGCUGAUUCUUGAUGUUUUCAUUGAAGGGAGUGAGGUGGGGUGGGGAACUGAUAGCCAAGGGAAAAAAAAUGAAGUCAAGAAUGGUGCUAGGAAGUGCCAAAAAAAUUCCCCAGGAACAUAACUUAGCUGAGAUUGGAAAACAUCAAAGGUUCAUGAUUUAGUCAGGCAAGCUCCACAGUGCAGCACCCCUGAAGGGCAGGGAGGCUAGAGAUCUUGAGGAAGGCGAGCCCCAGGCAUCCCCUGCAAUCCCUGGGGAAGAUCCCCCGGCUCCCAGGCCGGCCUCUCUGGCCACUGCUCCUCAACCCUCACUCCUGGGUCUGUUUGUGAAUGUUGGGGCGGGCCCCGGGCCCGGCUCUGACGCAGCCAGACGCAAGGUCGACGACAAACAGUAGGGUGGUUGUUUCGGAUCAUAUUGAUCUCUCCUUUUUGUUCCCUUUCACCGUAUGACUUGAAUCUGUCUCGAUUCUCUUGGUGAGUGUUUUUUUCCGUAGUUAGUGCGUCCUGUAGAGAGUCAGAGCCUGGCCGUGGGCCCCGCUUCGGGUCACGGCUGAGAUGGCCCGGUGAUCCCGUUCACUUUUCUUGUUGCAUGAUCCGAUAAUGGCAUUCUCUGCUAGGUUAAUUUUCUGUGUUUGUAAGAUGUGCGUAAAUGCUUUACAGAAUAAAAACACCUGAGUUUC